CGUAGAACCGGAGUUCGCUAUCUCGUCGAUACUGGCGCAGAAGUCAGCGUUCUCCCGCGUGAUCCAAACGACCCGACCGAAAAGGUGACUAGCUCAUUGCGCGCAGCUAACGGGACCAUUAUCCGCGUAUAUGGUCAACGCUCGCGCACGCUAAAUCUCAGCCUCCGACGCGCUUUCAAAUGGAUAUUCCUCGUUGCGGAUGUUCAAACGCCUAUCCUUGGUCUCGACUUCUUACGUCAUUACGACCUACUCGUCGACGUUAAGCGACACCGUCUAGUCGACCGCCUUACGAAUCUCGCAGUCAUUGGGACUUUGACCGACACCGCGUCAAUCAGUCCCGUGUACGCGACUCAACUUAGUUCACCCGUCGGGCAAACGCUGCUCGAUAGUUUUCCGCAGACCUUCCGUCCUGCCGUCCCGUUGCCUUCCGCAACCGACGCCGCGACACAUCAUAUCGUUACGAAAGGUCCGCCUGUGUUCGCAAAAGCCAGGCGCAUGACCCCCGACAAGCUCAAAAUUGCACGCUCCGAAUUCGAGCACAUGCUAGACUUAGGCAUUAUUCGCCCGUCUAAGAGCCCGUGGGCGUCGCCUCUACACAUGGUGCCUAAAAAGUCAGGAGACUGGCGUCCAUGUGGCGACUAUCGCGCUCUCAAUAACGCUACCGUCCCCGACCGCUAUCCCAUUCCGCACAUUCAGGACAUCACGGCUAGCCUACGUGGCGCCCGUGUGUUCUCGAAGAUCGAUCUGGUUCGCGCUUACCACCAGAUCCCUGUAGCCGAGGAUGACAUUCCGAAAACCGCAGUCAUCACGCCUUUCGGACUUUUCGAAUUCUUGCGAAUGCCCUUCGGUCUUCGCAACGCAGCUCAAACUUUUCAACGCUUCAUAGACUCUGUCACGAGAGGUCUCGACUUUGUUUAUCCUUAUAUAGACGACAUCUUAGUAGCUAGUUCUUCCGAAGAACAGCACGCGGAGCACCUCAAGAUGCUUUUCGAGAGGUUAGCCUCUAAUAGCAUUACUGUCAACGCUGACAAAUGCAUCUUUCAGCAACCAUCUAUCGAAUUUCUUGGUCAUCGAAUUGACCAGCAUGGCAUACGGCCGCUCGAAGACCGAGUCAGUGCUAUUAAGGACUUUCCCGUUCCGACUACUUUGGCCGCCAUCCGCCGUUUUAGUGGGAUGAUUAACUACUACCGUCGAUUUCUGCCACGUUGUGCCGACUUGCUCAGUCCAUUGACCGACUUACUUCGUGGACGCAAGAACGGCAACGUCGAGUUGACGCCCGCUGCAACCGAAGCCUUCAAGGCCUGCAAAGAGGCCUUGGCUGAAGCCGUUAUGCUUCACCAUUUCGACCCCAAAGCUCCACUCAGCGUUGCAGUCGAUGCAUCGGACACCGCCAUUGGCGCCGUCCUGCAGCAAUUCACUGAGGGAUGCUGGAAACCACUCGCUUUCUACUCCCGACGCUUACAACCGGCAGAAGUCAAGUACAGCACGUUCAGCCGCGAACUGCUGGCAGUUUAUUCUACCGUCCGACAUUUCAGGCACGUCUUAGAAGGUAAUUCGUUCGUUAUCUUCACCGAUCAUAAGCCGCUUAUUUACGCCUUUCGAAAUCAAUCAGCUCGACACUCACCACGUGAGGUUCGUCAGCUGGAUUUCGUGGCUCAAUUUUCUACUGACCUCCGACACAUUUCAGGUCAGAAUAACGUCGUUGCUGACGCUCUUUCGCGCGUCUCCGCAAUCCACACCGCUGGCCAGGCAAUCGACUUAUCUGCCAUGGCUACCGCGCAACUAACCGACACUGACUGUCAGAACGUCAAACAAGAUUCUUCGCUACGAAUCACAUCGCAUCCACUGCCGUCAUCUGAUGGCACAAUCUUGUGCGAUACUUCUACUGGACGACCUCGACCCGUCGUUCCAGAAACCUUUCGACGUCUAGUUUUCGAUACACUUCACAACAUCGCUCAUCCAGGCAUCCGAGCCACGAUCAAGCUCAUAUCCGAGAGAUACGUUUGGCUCGGAAUGCAACGCGAUCUUAAGCGCUGGGCACGCGGUUGUCUAACGUGUCAGCAGGCCAAGAUACAGCGGCACGUGUCCGCUCCGCUUGGUCGUUUUCCGCAAGUCUCAGCUCGCUUCGCCCAUGUCCAUCUCGACAUAGUUGGACCCUUGGCACCAUCCAGAGGAAUGGUCUACAUUCUGACCAUGAUCGACCGAUACACCCGUUGGCCCGAAGCCGUACCUAUACCCGACGUAUCCGCGGACACCGUAACGCGCGCUUUCGUUGAGCGCUGGGUCGCUUCACAUGGCUGUCCAGCCACCGUGACUACCGACCGCGGUCCGCAGUUCGAAUCCUCGACCUUCAACGAUCUUCUCAAAGUCCUCGGAUGUCAACGCAUCCGGACUACCGCCUAUCACCCGCAAUCCAACGGCAUGGUGGAACGUUUCCACCGACAGCUGAAGGCCUCACUUAGUGCCGCUAAUGCACUAAGCUGGACCGACGCACUGCCUAUGAUACUACUUGGUAUCCGAUCAGCUCUUAAAGCUGAUUUGCACACGUCCAGCGCCGAACUGGUAUAUGGACAACCUCUUCGACUACCUGGGGACUUCUUUUCUGAAAACCCCAGAACACCCCGCUACGACGCGAAUUACGCUCGGCAGUUAGCCACGAGCAUGCGCCAUAUUAAAGUAACCGACGUGCGAGAACAACGACGUAAAUCGUUCGUUCCACAAGAUCUACUGCAUUGCGCUUACGUUUUCCUUCGAGUCGAUGGUCUACGCAGACCACUCGAACGACCCUACGAAGGUCCAUUUAAGGUUCUUAAACGUAAGGACCGCGUAUUCGUUAUCGACCGCCACGGUAAACGUGAAACUGUCUCUAUCGACCGUCUCAAGGUUGCCCAUGUGGAACCUGAGAUCGACGAUGACUCCCGUCCACCUUCGGACGAGUCAACACAGCCUAUGAUCGACGACACGCCUACUUCCGAUGCUACGAAGCAUUCUCCGACUAACCCUUCCGACUCAGUUCCUUCCGAUUCUAUCGAGCCGAAAGCUUCCUCAUCCGACAAAACUGCUGGAUCGACAACGCCUCCGACCGAACGUCCGAAAUCGACUAGGUCAGGUAGGCGGGUUCAUUGGCCAGCGCGAUUAAAAGAUUAGUCUUCUUUUCAUUCUUCCUUUCCCGCUUCCUUUUUGCUUGUGGCCUAACCCGCCCAACAAAACGGCAGUUUUGAAAACCCAAAAAACCGCAAAAACGUUUUGAAAACCUAAAAAAGGAGAAAAUCGUUUUGAAAACACAAAAUGGUUCUCGCUUUAUUCGCUUAUCGCACUCGGUAAGUGCUAUCGCCUUUUGUUAGCUCUGUCGCUCGCACCUGUUUGACACUCCGCGUUUCCGCUUCUUUUUCAUAUCCCCGACACGCGGACGUUCAACGACAAUCGAACGUUACGUUUUCGGACACUACGUGCUCAAACAUCAUGUGCUGUGACACUACGCACUCGAACGCUACGAACAUUUCCCCCAUUUUGUGUUUUUGGCACCUGUAGGGAGGACACGGGUGGGAGCCCCCUAGCGUCCGAUCGCAUUGGUUCUCCCCCAGCAGCUGCAUCAGGUUUCACCGCCUGGUCUCGCAGAAGGCUGGCCGGCGACGGACAGUCCUCACGUAGAUCGAAGGGUCACCUACGGUUCCCUUCUAAGAGGGGGGCUGUGUAGUGACCUGGAGAUUCCCCUGUUUGGCUGCCGCAUGCUGCGUAAAAUAUUACAAAAUCACAAAAUUAUAUUUUCUCGAUGUACAUAGCAAAUUAGCCGCUCGCCUGUUUGAACGUUGCUCGCGUUUGUUUGAGUCAACAUAGCAUCCGCCUUCGAACGGCGCGACGCUCAUCGGCUCCGCGGCCAUCUUUGCUCUCCGCGCACGCGACCACACCUUUCCCCUAGCUAGCUAUCUUCCGGUGCCUUAUUUUUAGCACUAGAUAGCGUUUCGCCCCACUUAAUAAAUUUUUCCUAGCGUUACUUUUGGUGUUCUCCACUCAUCGGAGGUUGGCCUUAUAUUCGCGUAUUGGUUCUAAAGCGUACCGAUCCUGCUUCUCGCU